GCGCCAACUCAGGGUGCGCACGGAUAGGGGAGGGCGAAGCCCAGAAUGAGAGAGGAGGAGGGCAGAGCGCGUGGUAGUAGUCGGGCCCGCUACUCGUGUACCAGCGAGUGGAAGGCGCUACACUGUCGCCAGCGCUCCUGGAGCGAGGAGAGCUCGAGCGUCGCGCUCGUCGGCGCGCUUGUUGUAGGAAAGCGCGCGGCGGUUUCAGUUCGCUAUCUCGAGGCCGGGACUUCCCGAGACACGAGCCGCGGUUUCGCCGUGCCCGCCGUGUGCCGAACGACUGAGGCGGGCUUUUGAAACGAGCCACGCUGGAGGGAACGCGACACGGUGUCUUCUCUCUGUCCUGCGACCAGCGAAGUCGAGGCCUCUAGGUGUUUGUGCUGAAGGUUCGAAGAGGAUCGCCGAGGCACGACUGUGCGCGUCUUCCCUUCGAUUCUGUGGGGGCAGGAAAUAAAAAGAACUGCUCCAUCCGACUAGUGCCGCAGUGACGGUGUGCUGUCAAUUUCCCCUCCGUCUCCGGUGAACAUUGUGUUGUACUGUUUGAGGAACUUCUGGUCCCCGGAGCGGUGCUUGGCGCCUGGUCCAUCGCCGGGAAGCUCUUCUGCUUGUGAAGAGGUUCGCCACUAAAAGAGAGGGGAAUCCAGUGGGACGCAACCGGAGCUUGGUCGUGCAGGAACGCCUGCCAGACUGACCAAAUUUCAGGCGAGGAAAGCGUGUUGCUGCAGGUGGAAGACCUGAUCUUGUGACGGGUGGCGGGAGGAGGAGGAGAAGAGGCCCCUGCAUGAAGGAGACUGAGCAAGAAACCGGCGCCAGGCCCAGGCCGAUCUGAUGUCAUGGCGGGCCCUUGCCAGAGGCCCACGGGCGCUAAGGCCGUCGCACGGGGAAUCCUCAUCGCUUGGCUACAUGGCUUCGUGACCAUGGUAUCCGCCGUGAAGCUGGUCAACGUGGACAUCCCGUCCCCGACCACGCUGGGCGAGACGGUGGGUCUGAGCUGCAUCUACGAGCUGAACGGCGAUCGGCUCUACUCGGUCAAGUGGUACAAGAACGACGUCGAGUUCUACCGCUUCGUGCCUAACGACUGGCCACCGGGACAGUUCCUGCCCCUGCCGGGCGUCGACGUAGACCUGGCACGAUCGGGGCGGACGUCGGUCUAUCUGCGUAACGUGAACCUACACAGCGCCGGUACAUACCGGUGCGAGGUGUCUGCGGAGGCUCCUUCCUUCGACACUGUCGGCGGCCAGAAGGACAUGGCCGUGCUAGUACUUCCGACCGAGGGCCCGCGCAUCACGGGGGGCCAGGCGCAGUACCGCAUCGGCGACACCGUGAGCGUCAACUGCACCUCGGCCAAGUCGAAGCCCGCCGCCACGCUGCGCUGGUACGUGAACGACGUGGCCGUGGCCGGCGCCGACGGAACCACCGAGUACUCGACCACGCUGCACGCCGACGGCCUGGAGACGGCCUCGCUCGGCCUGCGCUUCGUGCUCACCGAGGACCACUUCCGGGGCGGCAACAUGAAGCUCAAGUGCACCGCCACCAUCUCCAGAGUCUACACGAUGAGCAACGAGGAACUCGUGUUCGGGUCUUCCUCGUCCUCCGGAGGCCGCCACCAGAAGUCUGGACUCCACAUCAGCGAGAACACGAGCCGAGUGCGGGACGCCUCAACCACUCUGUCGGCGCCGGCAGCCGUGCUGCUACUGUUGGUCGCAUUCGCCGUACAACUGAUCCCGGUCCCAGUGGUGCAGGUUGCUACGGUGUCGACAAGGACGCAUUUGUGAUACCGCUUACCUGUGGCUCUCUAGUGUCCUGCGUGGUGCGACCACGAAAAAAAAAAAAGAAAAAACAAACUCUCACGCCUCGGACAUGCGACAUGGACGCAGCGCAAGGCCUAGACAGACCGCGCUAAUACGCGCGCCAACUUCUUUGCUCGUUGCUCCACGACGAAGCUCCGCAGUGUACUUAAAUUAGAAAGCGAAGGAUUGAAGAGUCACCUCAAAGACAAUCUCCACUACACCAUCAGAUGCACCGGCUGCUUCGGCGUCCUGCGCCCUGCACCUUCUUACAAGUCCCUCGCGACUUCACCGCACAAGCCGCUUCCCACAUUUUUUUCCCGAGGAGGCUCUGUUUUGAACCGCGAGCUUAGAACUACGGGCUGCCACGUCAGAAGGGUUCCAGCUUUCUAAAGGCUUCCGGCAGACAAGGUUCAACUCGGAAAAAGAAAACCACACAACUGAUGCAGUGGUGGUCGUGUGCUGUAAGAAAGAAGUAACUCAGCUGCACUGCAGCGACCCUUCUGGAGCUCGGGUCCGUACGCGUGGUCUAUACGCGAGGUUGCUGUGCCUAUUCCGGUUAAAAGGAGCCUGUCUUUCAUCGCACUCAUGACUUGGCUUCAGUAGAUGACAUGGUGAAAGAUGAACUGUUGUCUGUUUGCUCCCUCUAUGCGCAAAGAACACAUUUCACAAGUGAGUUGCGCUUAUGGGCUAAACUCGUGUUAUUGUGGCUAUGUAGACAAGCGUGUCUGUUGAAGGAGGGAGAAUAGGGGGUGGCUGCUUGGAGAUACGAAUGAAUGUGUGGAGAGAAUCUUCAGCGGUUCGGAGCAGUGUUAGCGGCAGCAGCGGUGCAGCUGUGUUGGCGAACGAAAUGACCUCGAACACGUGCGAUCAUUUGGAGCCUCGAGGUUGCACUGACAAUGUCUCUGUCCCGAGUCGCGGUGGCUUGGAAGUUGCUUUUGAUCGUAAAAGGCGAUACUGAACAGUUGUCCGACACAAUUUUUCAGUUUGUGCUUGUGCGUUGUACUUGCGCUCUUCGCGCUGGAAACAUUUUGAAGGUGAAUCAAAACGAACUAGUAUCACUUUCUGUUCAUUUAAUCAUAAUUUUCCAGGCACCGUUUGAUGCUAACGUUUGAGGCAAUAAAAUGUGGCGGUUCGGCAUUAGUAACAUGUACAGCUUUGAAAUAUUUGGAAAAAAAAUCAUAAAGCGAAUUUCAGUAAUUAAAAAAAAGCAAGGUUACAUUUAUAAAAUAGAUAAAUUUUGCGCACUCUCCCUCUCUCAAACAACACGUUUUGGGAUACAUUCCUUAUUGCAUAAAUGAUCUACAUUUUGUAUGGCACUAGACAUUCACUAAACAUGCUGUUAACCCCGCGCUUCUGUUGUCCUGUUUGUUUUCCUCACGAGAAUCGCCUACGGUGUCCUUGUUCCAUUGCUCGCUUUUCUUCUAUGACCAAUUUUUAGUCACUCCUGGAAAAUUGGCGUAGGAAAAGACUAGUUCAAAUUACGAUAAACGUAAAGUAUGCUUCGGAUAGUAUGCCCGACUAGGCACGGCUUGUUACAGUUCCGACAUUCGUGAACUGACUCAUAUCUCGAUUCAUAACCACCUUGAGAGGAACUUUAGACGCUUUUGUUGACACAUAUCCACAACGUCGUGUACUUUGGCACUGAUUUGAAACUUCCCACUUAGUGAUCAUAUUAGAGCGUAGAGCUGCGAUGUACGCGAAAUCAUACCAGCUAACGACACUUUACCUCCCCGUCGCUUGAAUAACGUAUAAAAGUGGCCCUGAUCUCAAGUUCGCUUCCCCUGUGGUUAUUUAACGUUUCCUCAGCUACUCGUGAAUGUCUCUUCUCCUCCAUUUUUUCAUGCUGAAAAGAAAAAUUGUCCGACCACCCGAGCGCAGCACGAAGUACAAAGGAAGCUCGUAGCUUUGUAGCUUCGACGGGUGGGUCACAGGUUCUCUGUCAUGGACUUACCUCCACCUUGCGGCAUUCCGCUACUGCUAUUCGCUGCUUGUUCUGACUCGCCACGAAUUCGAAUCGCCACCAAUAUACAUGUUCUUGUUUCUGGAUCCCUAGUUUCGUGGAGCUUAGUGGACGCUUUACAAUCUACAGCAAAUAUAUUUCGAGUUCCGGAGUGGUCAUUUACUCGAGCUCAGUAGAGAGUUUCGCAAUAGCUUUGUGUCACUAUGAAAAGGAUCUCAAUAUUAUGUACCACCGCUAAACCGAGGGUUAUUCUUUCUGGCGUGUAACAUGACAAGAUGGUAAACAAUCAAGCACUACAUUUGAAACAAACCACGCGCCUUUAUUAGUGACUGCGGCAGGUAACUGAUAGAUGCUUUCGUUCCCUGAAGACGGUCUUUAAUAUCACACAGUGGAACCCACCUGACGAUGCAGCCUGUGUAAAUGGGGCAAGCAAAAGCAGUACCACUAGGUGCGUACUUUAAGCACACCUCUAAUGUUUUACGAAACAAUACCGGAGUUUAAGAUCUAUAUUUUUUUGGUUAUACGGAUCACUUACUUCUUGCGCCACGGGGACAGCUGCUCUUAUAAAUAUUGUAAAUAAAAGAGAAAGCGUACACCUUUAUGCUCACGCACGGUACAUAGGGUAUGUAUGGCAGGAAGACAUGUUACGCCUUUCGACGCUCACCCAAUGACAUGCGAGCACAUCACGCAUGCGCGGAGUGUGUGAAUAAAGAGAGUUGUUCUUCGCA